AUGUCUCGAGCUGUUCUUGCCAAAGCAUUGAAGAAGGCCUGUGGCCAAUCAAAAGCAGAGCCCCUUGUCUCCAAAUGUUUGGACGAAACCAUUUGCUCAAUAUGUUCGGAUAUUAUGGUGUAUCCUUUCAAUGGGGCCUGUGGGCAUUCAGCAUGUUACUCCUGUUUAAGAGAAUGGCUUAGUAACAAUAAUAGCUGCCCGGUAUGUCGUGAAGUGAUCACUGUGAAACCGACAAUCAAUUUGAAUUUGAAAGCGAUUGGGGCGAGUAUUUUAGAUACUUGCCAGAAACAGGCCCCGGAUACUAGGACACUGAUUAAAAAACACGUGGACGAAUCGAAGAAAGUGUAUCAGAAAGACUUCAAUGAUGGGAAUUUGUUCAAUAAGGUGUUCAAGAGUGCCAAGGUCAAUCUUGAAGAAGGAAUCCCCACUUGCUCGGAAUGUGCCUGGGAAGAUUGCAAUGGGAGGGUAUGUGAGGGAUGUGGGGCGGUGUUUGUGAAUUAUGGCGAACCUCAUGUGGUCAAUACUAGAACGUUUGGUUUUGGCUAUGAUGACGACGACGACGACGAAGACGACGAAGACGAACUGCAACGAUCAAGAGGUCAUCAUUCGGAUGAGUUCUCCGCAGUAGAAAAAGAAGCCCAAGAGAUUCUUGAUGCAGAAACGGAAUGGCUGGAGAAUGAGAAUGGUGGAGAGCAAUUGGAAGAUGAUUGGUUGAACGAAGACGAUGAAGCAGAGUUUGAGGAGCCCGAUGAUCUUGAUUACAACUAUUUUUCAGAAUGUAUUUGUGAUCCUGGCUCGAUCAGCGACAUUUACAUGCUAAGGUUUUUCCUCGGAAACACCAGUGAUAAGAUUUCUGAGUUGAAAGAUAUGUUGUAUGAUCUAAAUGACGAAGUCAUCUAUGGAGAGCUUGAUGCCCUCAAGGAGAUGAGAGUGAUCCUGUCAUGUUUGAAAUAUUUGAGGAAUCAAAUGAAGUUAUUGAAUAAACGGCAUUUUGCCCUCAUGUUGGUGAAGCAAGGGGUGUUUGAUUCCGAUAGUGAUGAGGAGCUGCGAGGCGGUCCAAGAAUAUACCAUGUUGGUGGUUUGGGUCAAAAUUUCGAGUUUAGUUUGUGA